AUGUUGUUCAAGGUGUUGGUCGCUUCACUGGUUCUACAACAAUGUAAAUGUUUAAGGUUCAUAUAGUCUUUUACAACCGUUAUAGUACUAAAGAGGCAGUAGAUGACCAUUACAAUAUUAGGUAAAGUCUUGUCGUUAGUUUACGUUAAAGUCUAACUUCAAAAACGACAAGACUUGCUAGACCCAAUAGCUUCAGUAUAUUAAUAUAAGAUUGGCCAUACCUUUGAUAAUAAUGUAACUCUAGGCUAUUCUUAUCGCACUCAUCGCCCCCACAACGGUACUGAAGUGUCUUCUGAAUCAGUUCACGAGGUUGGAAGAGGCAAACGUCAAGGUGGCUUUGAAGGUGGUCAAGGAGGUCAAGGUGGCUUCGGAGGUGGCCAAGGAGGUCAGGGAGGUGGUCCUCCAAGCCAAGGAGGUCAACAAGGCGGUCAAGGAGGCUUUGGAGGCGGUCAAGGAGGCUUUGGAGGCGGCCAAAGAGGUCAAGGUGGAUUUGGUGGUGGUCCCGGGAGUCAACAAGGCGGUCAAGGCCAAGGAGGCUUUGAAGGAGGUCAGGGAGGUGGUCCACCAGGUCAAGGUGGCUUUGGUGGAAGCAGUUUUGGACAACAGAAUGGAGGCCAAGGGGGUUUCGGUGGUGGACAAAGAGGCCAACAAGGAGGUCAAGGCGGUAGUCAAGGAGGACAAGGUGGAUUUGGAGGUGGCCAAGGUGGACAAAGCAAUAACCAAGGUGGAGGUCGCUUCAGACGUUCCAACUCUCAAAGUAGCCAGCAAAACGGCCCAAACCGUGGUGAAAACAGUCAAGGAGGACCAAGUGGAUAA